CGUGGGGCAGAGCUAUGCGGGGAGGGGAGGGGAUUUUCCCCCUAAACUGCCCCUCAGGCCAGAGCCACAAACACGUUGGGCCCAGUGACUCCUGGGAGCCUGAACUCACAGAGGGUAACAGCGAUGUGGGUGUCGGCGCUGAGACGUUGGGCUCCCAGUGCAGCCAAUGCCGGGGUUCGCUCAGGGCCCACAGUGACACCGCAGAGACGUCUUCAUGACGCGCCCCUCAGGAUCCACCCCCGAGUGCAGGAGGCAUUGGCCACCAGGGAACCGGUUGUGGCCCUGGAGAGCACAAUUAUCACACAUGGAAUGCCCUAUCCCUAUAAUAUAAGAAUGGCAAAGGAAGUGGAGGAAAUCGUUAAGGCGAAUGGUUCUGUGCCAGCCACGGUGGGCAUCCUGCAGGGCAGGCUUCAUGUUGGUCUCUGUGACGAGGAGCUGCAGUUCCUGGCACAAAGCAAAGACUGUGUUAAAGUGUCUCGUAGGGACCUGCCAUAUGUCCUAAGUCAGGGUCUCUCAGGAGGCAGCACAGUAUCGGGGACAAUGAUCGCGGCGCAUCGAGCUGGAAUCCCUGUGUUUGUGACUGGAGGGGUCGGGGGGGUUCACCACGAAGGAGAGAAGACCAUGGACGUCAGCGCCGACCUAACUGAACUGGGCCGGACGCCGGUGGCCGUGAUUUCCGCGGGAGUGAAAUCCAUCCUGGAUAUUGGGCGGACCUUGGAAUAUCUGGAAACGGAAGGGGUUUGUGUUUCUACCUUUGGAGACUCCACGGAUUUCCCAGCAUUCUUCACUCCCAAGAGCGGGUUCAAGGCUCCGUGUCGAGGUGGAAGCAGCAAAUAUGUUUGGGUCCUAUCAGCUCGUUCAUUGGAGCUGGGGCUCAGCAGCGGCAUCCUAUUGGCCGUGCCCAUCCCUGCGGAGCACGCGGCCCCCGGGAACGCGAUCGAGGAGGCAGUUCAGCAAGCUCUGAGGGAGGCCAGACUUCAGGGGGUGCAAGGAAAGGAAGUGACCCCAUUCCUGCUGCAGAGAGUGAAUGAGCUGACGGGGGGGCAGUCCCUGGAGUCCAAUAUUGCACUCAUAAAGAAUAAUGCCAGGGUGGGCAGCAGAAUUGCUGUUGCACUCAGCCAGCUGAGAAAUCCUAAGGGUGGGCAGAGGAAAAAGCCUGGCACCCCUGGCACAGAGAGUGAGCCCCCCAUGGAUUCCAGGCCAGUUGUGAUUGGCGGCAUCAAUGUGGACUUUAUAGCCAAGGCAGCUCAUGACUCUAUGGUGUUCGGAGGACAGACGAACCCCGGGCAAGUCCACCAGUCGUUCGGAGGGGUGGGUCGGAACCUUGCAGAUUGCCUGUGCCGGCUGGGGGCCAAGCCCUUAUUCAUCUCCGCGUUGGGGCAGGACGAGCACGCAAACUCCGUGAUGCACUAUUGCUCCCAUAUGGACAUGGGCGGAGUUGCCCGCCUAAAGGGCCACAAUACCGCCACCUACUGCGCCGUGAUCAGCGGGACCGGCGAGCUGAGCCUGGGACUCGGGGACAUGGAUAUCCAUCAGCAAAUAACUGAAAACUAUGUGUCUCAGUUUGCAGACUGUCUCGCCCAGGCCCGGCUGGUCUGUAUAGAUGGAAACAUUCCCCUCUCAACCAUCCAAUACGUGUGCGGGCUCAGCAGGCGUCAUGGGGUGCCAGUUUGCUUUGAGCCGACGGAUGAGGAUAAAUCGUGUAAACCGUUCCUCUCGGACAGCUGGACAGCCCUGAGCUUCAUCUCCCCAAACCUCAAGGAGCUGAUAGGGAUCAACAGGGCCCUGGGGUACCCCGUGCCUCAAGAGCUUCCCCGUGCCCUUGAUGACACCCUGGACAUGGCGCUCACCCUCUCCGUGCCGCUGCUGGAACAUUUGGCCUGUGUGAUCGUGACGCUCGGUGCUAAUGGCGUCCUGUUGUGCGGCCACUCACACAGGGGGACUUUGUCGCUUGGCCUCAAAACAAAAAUCCACACCGGGGAAAUGUGUGCCGUAUAUUACCCAGCAGCCCCUGUUGCAGCGGAGGAAAUCGUCAAUGUAUCCGGCGCCGGCGACAGCUUCAUGGCCGGGUUACUGUCCGGGGUCCUUGCCCAGUCGGACCCAAACACCUGUGUGAGGAUGGGGCUCCUAGCCGCUCGGCUCUCUCUCUGCUCCCAGGGGCCCAUCUCGUCCCUCAUCUCUGCGGCCAGCGUCAACCCUCAACAAGUGGAAGCCAUAGACUGGCCAGAACCCAAACAGUGGCCCAUUGGCCCAUUGCUCACCAGUAGCCACCAGUCAAAAUCCUAGAGGAGACACGCCCAUGGAUUUGGUAACAUUGGCCAACUGAUAGAAUCAAUAUGGCAGCUCCACACCCAGUUAAGGAAGCCCUGGGCAAUGUAGAAGGUAUUGAAUUCCCAUAGGUUCCAUUGCCGACGUCCCCAUCCCUCGGGCCAAUGACUUUCUUCUCUCCGUCCCUAUGACAUUAUCAUUUGAUUGUAAGCUCUAUGGGUUAGAGAAUGAUUGUGAUGAACAGAAAUAAAGCACCGAUUUGUGACCUCA